GUCAAGUCCCUUUAAAAAAAAAAAAAAAAGUGAAAUACAGUAUUGUGCAUCUUGAAAUCUGAAACCGAGAAACAGAAGUGCACGGGAAACAAGGGGGAAAGUCUUGCAAUUCCCGUGGACAACUGUGGCGAGUGGAGUUUUAAGGAAUACAAUAUACAUCUAUAGCUUUUAAAGGUCAUUGAAUGGCUUUUGUGGAGAAACCUGUGAAAUAAAGGAGCCUUGGAAGAAGAGAUUUCUUUUUCUCCUCCUCUCUGGAUAUAAUGGCCAUUGCAAAGCAAAGCAUCUUGAGAUUUGGCUUCAAGUGUGCCUUCCUAGCAAUUUUUACACUCACCUGUGAUGGACACAGUGGGAAGAGAGAGAAUGGUGGUCCUGCUUGCUACGGAGGAUUUGAUUUGUAUUUCAUCCUGGACAAGUCAGGAAGUGUCCUGCAUCACUGGAACGAGAUUUAUCAUUUUGUGGAGCACCUGGCCCGCAAGUUCAUCAGCCCUCAGCUGAGGAUGUCCUUCAUUGUUUUCUCAACCAGAGGGACAAUUCUAAUGAGGUUAACAGAAGACAGGGAGCAGAUCCGCCAGGGCCUGGAGGAGCUGCAGAAGGUGCUGCCAGGAGGGGACACGUACAUGCACGAAGGAUUUGAGAGGGCAAGUGAGCAGAUUUACUACGAGAACGUUCACGGUUACAGAACUGCCAGUGUCAUCAUUGCAUUGACAGAUGGGGAGCUCCACGAAGAUCUAUUUUUCUACUCUGAGAGGGAGGCAAACCGCUCGCGGGACCUGGGGGCCACCGUGUACUGUGUGGGUGUGAAGGACUUCAACGAGACCCAGCUGGCCCGGAUUGCUGACAGCAGAGAUCAUGUCUUCCCCGUGAACGAUGGCUUUGAGGCCCUGCAGGGCAUCAUAGACUCUAUUUUGAAGAAGUCCUGUAUAGAAAUCCUGGCAGCAGAGCCCUCCAGUAUCUGUGCAGGGGAGUCCUUCCAGGUGGUGGUCAGGGGGAAUGGCUUUCGCCACGCCCGCAACGUGGACCGGGUGCUCUGCAGCUUCAGGAUCAACGACACGCUCACCCUCAAUGAGAAGCCUUUCGUGGUGGAGGACACCUACCUGCUGUGCCCAGCACCUGUGCUGAGGGAAGUUGGCAUGGAAGCAGCUCUUCAAGUCAGCAUGAAUGAUGGGCUGAGUUUCAUCUCCAGCUCUGUCAUCAUCUCCAGCACGCACUGUUCCGACGGGACCAUCCUGGCCAUCGCCCUGCUGAUCCUCUUCCUCCUGCUGGCCUUGGCUCUGCUCUGGUGGUUCUGGCCCCUCUGCUGCACCGUGAUCAUCAAGGAGCCUCCCCCACCUCCUGCAGAAGACAGCGAGGAGGAAGAUGAUGAUGGGCUGCCAAAGAAGAAGUGGCCAACGGUGGAUGCCUCUUACUAUGGAGGGCGAGGCGUGGGCGGCAUCAAACGGAUGGAGGUGCGCUGGGGGGAGAAGGGCUCCACGGAAGAAGGUGCCAAGCUGGAGAAGGCCAAGAAUGCCAGAGUGAAGAUGCCAGAGCAGGAGUAUGAGUUCCCUGAGCCCAGGAGCCUGGGGAGCAGCAUACGCCGGCCCUCAUCCCCUCGGAAGUGGUACUCGCCCAUCAAGGGGAAGCUGGAUGCCCUCUGGGUCCUGCUGAGGAAGGGCUACGACCGCGUGUCCGUGAUGCGUCCCCAGCCAGGAGACAAGGGCCGCUGCAUCAACUUCACGCGGGUGAAGAACACGGAGACCCCCCCCAAAUACCCUCUGAACAACUCCUACCCUCUGCCCCCCCCCCCAGCGCCCAUCUAUACCCCCCCGCCCCCCGCCCCCAUCUACACUCCCCCUCCCCCCAGCUCCCCCCACGCCCCCUCCCCCUCCUCCACGCUGCCCCCGCUGCCCCCCCCGCCCCAGGCGCCCCCUCCCAGCCGGGCGCCCCCCCCGUCCCGGCCCCCCCCCCGCCCCACGGCCUAAGGGGGUCCCCCCACUCCGCCAGAGGUGUCCCGGGGCUCUCUCAGCAGUACUGUACCCACCCGGCUGGGGGACCCCAGCCCCUGCCCCGGGUGGCAGCAGCACCAGCCACCCUGCAGGCGUCCCCCCCUUUCCUCUUCUAGAACCUUCUCUCCUCUCUUCACCCCCUCGAGCAUCAGUGCCACAAACUCGGGAAGCCAGAGCAGCCAAGGAGAGCUCCAGUUCGUCCCAGGCACGGCGGCUGUGCCACCUCCCGGUGCCCUGUGCCAGCACGGGGACCUUCCGGAGGAAGGGCACGGGUGACCCGGCGAGCUCCGUGCCAGGGAGAGCCCCGGGCAGGGUUGCACAGGACUGGCAGCAGUGCAGAACCCCCGCCAGGUGUGCACACCUGCACCUGGCACACCUGGAACCCCUGGCACAUCUGACACACCUGGCACACCUGGCACGCCUGGAACACCUAGAACACCUGGCACACCUGGGCACGCCUGGAACACCUGCACGGGGCCAGGGACAGCUCUCGCUCCAGGGGCAGUGCCAGGGGCAGCUCUGCAGACACAGAAGUGGUGCCAGGCACCCUUCCCACCCAGCAGGAGCCGCAGAGGGGAAGGUGCUGUCACCUCCGGGGGUCCGGGAGCACAGGGGGUGGCGUGGGGGUGUCGGUUUGGGGACGUGCAGGUGGAUGCAAUCAGAGCCUCCAGGAAAUCAGACUGCAGACUGGGACAGCUGAACAAACGCCGUCCCUGGGCACGGGGAGAGCGGCGCCAGGCCAGCCCCGGUGCCCAGCGGGACACAGAACCUGUCCCCAAACCCUCCGGGAGCUGGGAGAGGUGUGGCCAGCAGAGGAGUCUCUGCAGUGGCUUUGGGCCAGCCGGUCCCUCACCCCAGGGUGCUGCAGCGAGAGUGUGUGCUGCUCUCCACUCCAAGGGAAGGGCUCUGAGUGCAAACCUGAGCUUUGCUGUCUGGGGUUCCCCGGAUCCACUCUGCUCGGGCUCCUUGUUGCUGUCAGCUUGAAAAGGUUGCCACUGAUGCCUCCCUGUUUUUCUGUAAAUUGAAUUCUUUCACCUUAAAAAUGUUUCCACGUGGAUUUUUUUUUUUUUUUUGGCGGGGGGUAGUUGUUUUUGUUUCGUUUUGUUUUUUGGGGAUUUUUGGUUUUUUUUUUUUUUUUUUGCUUGUUUUGGUUUUGGCGGCUUUUGGAGUUUUUUGGGCUUUUUUGUUUUGUUUUCCUUUCCUAAACAAGUAGCAGCUGCCUCCCCAGCUCUGAGUGAAGAGGAGCCAGUGUGCUUACUCACUCUUGUCAGCUCUCAGCAGCAUCAUUCACUCCUGUUAGCAGUACUGACUGAGGCAAACCCCCCUGGGACAGGCCAGAUGGGGAUCAGUCUGCCAAGAAAUGCACUGGUUGCAUUUCUCCUGCUUCCUCCUCACCCUCAGGGGCCCCCCAGCACUCCCCAGAGCAUCUCCUGGGUCCUGCAGCCACCCCGAGAGCUGCCUGCAGAGCCAGGGGAGAUCCCUCAGCCCCCAGAGCCCCUCCACUUCUCACAGAGCUUUCACAGGAGAGAAAACCACCUUUGCAGCUGCAGUCCUGCCAAUAGCAAAGGGUUCUCAUCUCAUCGUUUUUUACCAGAUUAAAGAAAUGCUUUGCCACGUGCUGCUUUGGGAAAUACCAGUUCUAGCUUUUCUAACAAAACAAGGGGGGGGGGUGGAAGGAAAAAAAAAAAACUCUCAAGGAGGAAAGAGAAUGGAGGAGACUCAGUGGAGACCUGCCCUGGCCCCUUUGGGCAAGGACAGCAGGGAACCCCUGGCACGAGGCUCUGGGUUCCUCCCUCCCUCUGCUAGGCGAGGCUCAGCUCUUGGUGAGACAAGCCUGUGGCUCCUGAGGAGCUGGGCCUGAAGCCAGGCUGAGACUGAGCCCCCCAGGCCCAGGCUGAGCCCACCAGGCUGAGACUGAGCCCCCCAGGCCCAGGCUGAGCCCACCAGGCUGAGACUGAGCCCCCCAGGCCCAGGCUGAGCCCCCCAGGCCCAGGCUGAGCCCACCAGGCCCUCUGAUCCCCUGUUCUGUCUGCAGGCAGCACGGAGCAGUCCCUGCCCCAGCAAACCCCUGUGCUGCUCCCCCGUCCCAGUUGCACCAGUCACAGCCACGGCUGCUCCCACAGGAGCACGUUGGGGGCAGGUGAAGCUUGGACCCCCCACUCAAGUUGGGAUGGAGGGAGCACGGAUGGACGGGAUGUGGUCAGGCAAAGAGCUCCUGGCUUUGGUUUGGUUGGGUUAGUUUGGUUGGGUCUAGUAUGGUCUCGUUGGGUUGGGUUGGUUUUGUCUGGUCUGGUCUGGUUGGUUUGGGUUUGGUUUGGUUUGGUUUGGUUUGGUUUGGUUUAGUUUGGUUUGGUUGGUUUGGUUGUGUUUGGUGUGAUUUGAUUUGGUUGGGUUGGUUUGGUUUGGAUUGGUUUGGUCUGGUUUGGUGUGAUUUGGUUGGGUUUGCUUUGGUGUGAUUUGGUUUGGUUUGGUGUGAUUUGGUUGGAUUUGGUUUGGUUUGGUGUGAUUUGGUUGGACUUGGUCUGGUUUGGUUUGGUUUGGUUGGAUUUGGUCUGGUCUGGUUGGGUUUGGUUGGAUUUGGUUUGGUUUGGUUGGAUUUGAUUUGGUUUGGUUUGGUUUGGUUGGAUUUGGUCUGGUCUGGUUGGAUUUGGUCUGGUUUGGUCGGGUUUGGUUGGAUUUGGUCUGGUUUGGUUUGGUUGGAUUUGGUCUGGUUGGAUUUGGUCUGGUUUGGCCUGGUUUGGUGUGAUUUGGUUGGUUUUGAUUUGGUUUGGUUUGGUUUGAUUUGGUUGGAUUUUAUUUGGUUUGGUUUGGAUGGAUUUGGUUUGGUGUGAUUUGGUUGGGUUUGGUUUGGUCUGGUCUGGUUUGCUUUGGUUUGAUUUGUUUCCACCACGGAAGGUGUGAAAACUGGGAUAGUGUAACACAGGAUCCACGUCCCCAACAGAUCCUCAGCAUCUCAGAAAUGUUUGGGAAGGAAGUUGAUUUUCCACAAGACAGCUUUGAGAAUUUUAUUUUUUAGGUAUUUGUUAGCCAAUAACUUGGUUAAUUGGUUAAUUAACCAAUAAACCUCCUGCAGGGGAAAAUGUAAAAGCCAUUUUUGCAGAUGUACAUAGAAAUUCUCCUUCUCCCCAAACUAAGGAAAAAAAACCCAAACCCUGCAGAUUUAAAGGAGCAAAGUAAAGCCUAGAUCAGGCUAGGAAAAAAUCAGAAUUUUCAAAUGCUCCCUUUGUAAUCAUCCAGUUUAAGAAUAAAAAACAAGCUCCAAAUUUUUUGUUGUACAUAUUGUUGCUGCAUGCUUACCAUAUGUUAGAUGGAAGCAUUUCCUAUCCCUUGUGGAUAAAAGAACAUUUUUCAAGUUGUAGUAAAUUAUUAUAAAGCCAAUGACAUUUCAUGGCAUGUUAUCGUA